AUGUUAAAAACCCGGCACUUGUUUAAGGUCACUUCAUCCAUUUUCUCUAGCUUUAAGAGAACGCUAACGAUGUCGGCCGAGCUUCGAUCGCUUCACGUUCUCCCAAAUGAGACGCCCGUUUGCAGUCUCGAUUGCAAGACUGCCUUUGAGACGUUGACGGAAAAGGAACGCCUUUACGCCCAUCACCUCUCCAAAGCUUCUUAUGAUGGAUCGCUUGCCGUCUUUUUGCAGGUUUCGCCCGAAGCCGCUGGACUUUUUGUCGUCUUCCAUCGACUCUUCGCUACGGAGUCCGUUGAAUCGUUGAAGAAAAAGGCUUUGGGAAAUGGCUGGACUGAAGAAGAAUUCGCGGCUUUUCUCGUUUAUGUCGCCGGUUUCUACAAUAACAGCGGCAACUACAAAGGAUUUGGAGAUAGCAAAAUUGUGCCUGGAGUUUCAACGGAAAAGAUCACCUCCUUGGUGACAGCAUCAGAUGCAGUCUCAAAAUACCCCGAGCUCCUUUCCACCUAUCAUGCCAUCGAGCAACUCAUUUGCAGCCUUCAGCAAAGGGAGCUGCAAUUGGGAUUUUGCCAAUCGGGUAUCACCACAUAUCAUUGUGAAAGUGUGACGAAGGAGGACGCUCAGUUCAUAGAUCGUUUCUGCAAGGAGCACAAUAUUGAGACGUGGAACACGAGGCUUUUCAAGGAUACCGAAAAGCGCAAUGGCAAGACGGUGUUCCGGAUUGUGAAUGCUAGCUCGAUCACUGAAGGCUGGCGUGAGGAGGAAUUCGAGGAAGCGAUCGUUGUCGUUGAAAGGGGAGACUACUCACCGUUGAUGGCCAGAGCCGCUGAAAGCCUUCGAAAGGCAAAAGACUUCGCCGCAAACGACAACCAAGUGCAAAUGUUGGACAAGUACGUUAACCACUUCACCACCGGGGAUUUAAAUGAUCACAAGGAUGGAUCCCGUUUCUGGAUCAAGGAUCAAAAUCCGGCGAAGUUUAAGGUACUUGUCGAUCGCGCUGAGGAGCUUCUCGAACGAAUGCCGUGGGGAAAAGCUUAUGAAAAGGACAGAUUCCUGAAACCCGAUUUCACCGCCUUGGAUGUGAUCAGCUUUGCGGGAAGUGGCAUCCCAGCUGGAAUCAACAUCCCUAAUUAUGAUGAGAUCCGUCAAAACGAGGGCUUCAAGAACGUCUCGUUGAGCAAUGUCAUCUCGGCAACACCCAAACAAAAGAUGAACUUCUUGGAUGAGGGAGACGAGGAUCUCAUGUUCAAAUAUCACAAGGACUCGUUCGAAGUUCAGGUCGGUCUUCACGAGCUUCUCGGUCAUGGAAGUGGAAAACUCUUCCAACGAAACGCUGACGGAACUUUCAACUUCGAUCAAGAUACGACGAAUAUUUUGGAUGGUGAAAAGAUAACCACCUGGUACGAGCAAGGAGAGACUUGGGGCAGCAAGUUCGGUGCACUCUCUGGUCCCUAUGAAGAAUGCCGAGCUGAGGCGGUUGGAUAUGUGCUUUGCUGUGAUGAGGAUAUUCUCAAGAUCUUUGGCUAUGAGGGUGAGCUCGGACAAACGGUGAAAUACGUGAACUGGCUGAGCGAGAUCCGCGCCGGUUUGAUGGCCUUGGAGUUCUACAAUGCGGAUUUGCAGAAAUGGGGACAGGCUCACUGCUACGCUCGCUACGUUCUGACUCAAGUGUGCCUGGAAGCCGGCCAAGAAUUUGUGACCAUUGAGGAAGUGACUGGUGAAGAUGGAAAACCUGAUCUAAAAUUCAAGCUUGAUCAGAACAAGAUCGACUCGGUUGGAAAGCCAGCUGUUCGGGAAUUCUUGAAGAAGCUUCAGCACUACAAGACAACCGGUGAUGCGGCUGGUGGAACGGCUUUGUUUGAGGGAUAUGGAAAGGUGACCGAGAAAGAGCUCGUUUGGAGGAAUAUCUGCAUCACUCGCCGCAAGCCUCGCCGUCUCUUCGUCCAAGCAAACACCCGGCUCAAUGGAGAGAAAAAUGCCGAACUUGUCACUUAUCCAGAGACUUUUGAGGGAAUCAUCGCUUCUUUCGUUGAGAGGUACGACUCGGCUGCCAUCGACGAUCUCGAGCUCUGCUGGAAGGAGCAAAAGAAAUGGUGGCCCACCGCUUUUGGAAAACAC